CAAUCAAACUUACAAACUUUUUCUUUUCUUUUUCAAUAUUAAUCUUCUUCUUCUUUUCUUCCACUUUUGUUUUUCAAAAUUAGCGAAAGCCAAAGGAAAAGGAACUUGAACACAGAAAACCGAGAAUGGCAACAACACCUCACCCAGCCAUGAAAAAAUCAUGGUCGAGAGGCUCCGACUCAACUCAGUUCGAAUCACCCGCACGCUUCUGCUCUCCCUUACGAUGGGACGCAGCAGACUCGCCGGAAUACCGAUCACCAGCAAACUCGCCCGGAAAGAUGGUAGACAACUCAAUGGCAGUAAUUACCGUCGACAAGCCAAAGCAGAUUUCUCACGAGAAACUCCCUGACCAGCGGAAGCUUCCACAGGAGAAUAAUCUUGCGGUGUUCAACCUACCAGUGAGAGAGGAGCCUCAACGGCAGGCUACGAAAGUGGAGACUUCUGAAAAAGGUAGUGAGCGGAGAUUGAGGUCGGCUCCGGUAAGCUGUACGGCGGAGGAGGUUACGAGAAAGGCGGGUUUAGGGUUCCGGCUAUGCGAGAUGGUGGUGUGUCUGAUUUCGUUUUCGGUUAUGGCUGCAAAUAAGACGCAAGGUUGGAGUGGGGACUCUUAUGAUCGUUACAAAGAAUACAGGUAUUGUUUAUCAAUGAAUGUUAUCGGAUUUGCAUACUCAGGAUUACAAGCUUGUGAUUUAGCUUUUCAACUAGUCACAGGAAAACACAUGAUAAGCCAUCAUCUUCGCUAUCACUUUCAGUUCUUCUUGGAUCAGGUUGUGGCAUAUCUUCUGAUAUCAGCAUCAUCCUCUGCAGCGACAAGGGUGGAUGAUUGGCAGUCAAAUUGGGGGAAAGAUGAGUUCACUGAGAUGGCUACUGUUUCGGUUGGAAUGUCAUUUCUAGCUUUUGUUGCAUUUGCUAUGAGCUCACUCAUCUCUGGUUACAUCCUCUGUAAUGGCCGCAACUCCGUGUAAAUUUCCUUGUAUUUCUUUAGUUUCCGUUGUGACCAAAUUCAUUCUGGAAAUUGUUGAUGCUGGUCAUUUUUCCACUCAGAUGAUAACUGUGUGUAUAUAAAUAGUUUCAGUUUGUUGUU